AUGGUAAAGCUUGUUUUGGGUGAGAAAAGUGCUGAAAAGCUCAAUGCUAUUUCACUCUCAAAUAAUGCAGUGCAACGCCGAAUCUCCCAAAUAUCUGAUGACAUCAAAGAGCAGGUGAUACUGGAAAUUAAAAGAGCUGGAUUAUUCAGUAUUCAACUCGAUGAGUCCACUGACGUCCAGUCCUGCUCACAACUCCUGGCUUUUGUAAGGUAUGUUCAUGAUGAGGAUCUGAAGGAGGAAUUCUUGUUUUGUGAGCCUCUUGAACAAUCUACAAAAGGUGAAGAUGUAAUGCAGAAACUUACAGAAUUCCUUGAAUCUGAAGGUCUUGACUGGGGCAAUCUCUGUGGGAUAUGCACAGACGGGGCUCCAGCCAUGUUGGGUUCUCAGUCAGGUUUUAUUACAAGAGUUAUACAAAAAGCACCAAAUGCUAUCCCUCUUCACUGCAUGAUCCACAGGCAAGCUCUUGCAUCAAAAACGCUACCCUCAGAAUUACAGGACACUCUGAAUACAAUUAUAAAGACAGUUAACUUUGUAAAAGUUAACUGUCUUUAUAGUCUUAACACACGCCUUUUCAAGAGACUCUGCCAAGAUAUGGAUGCAGCUCAUGAGACCCUCCUAUUUCAUACAGCAGUUCACUGGCUAUCAAAAGGAAAUGUAAUUCAGCGUGUAUUUGAGCUCAGAGAAGAGAUCAGCCUCUUUCUCAGAAUACAGAACAAGCAAGAUUUGCUGUCAGCUUGGUCUGCAGAUAGCUUCGAAAUACGGCUAGCCUAUCUUGUUGACAUAUUUAGACAGUUGAACACACUGAACCUGGAGCUCCAAGGGAAAGGAAGCUUGAUAAUCGAUUUUGUGGACAAAAUCAAAGCUUUCAUUCGUAAGAUGGAGAAUUGGAGGCGCAAAGUUGGAAUGGGAAACUUGGCAAUGCUGGAGACAGUGUCAGAAAUUGUAGAGGAGUGUGAUGCUACUACGCAGAACUUGAUUACCCAACAUCUUGAGGCCUUGGAAGGGGAAUUUAAAAGAUACUUCCCAGAUAUCCAAAGCCUAACUUCUCGGUUAAUAAGGGCCCCCUUCACUGCUCCAGUGACAUGCAUUCCUGAUGACAAUGAUGAUGGCCAAACUGAGCUAUUGACACUUCAGGAGGAUUCAGGAGCUAAGAUGAAGUUUGAAACUGAAUCUCUCACAGUAUUUUGGUCAUCAAUGGCAGCUUCAUAA